CAAGUGACAUGACGGAGAGAGAUAUAGUAAAUAAUGAUUCUUUUCAUAUCAACCAUCACAAGGAGGACAACAAUACUGAUGAUGACACAGGUAAUGAUACUGACAGACGGAUUGACAUCAGAAAUGGUCAGUUGAGCAAAGAUAUUGUCACAGAUGAGUUGGUGAGGCAAAAAGCCUUCCGCUGGUGUCAAGACUCUAUUGGUGGUGCCUGGUUGAAUCUGCGUUCAGAAAAGGAGAUGAAAAUAUCACCGGUAGGAGGUGGUAUGUCCAACUACUUGUACCUAGUUUCUUUACCUGAUGGAAUGUUACCAGUCCGUUCAGAGCCCACGGAGGUGUUACUAAGGAUCUAUGGUCAGAUAAGCAAGUCUACACUUGACUUUCUGGUGCACAACUCUGUAGUCUUUGCCUUACUUGCCGAGAGAAAGCUUGGACCAAAGCCUUAUGGCAUGUACCAUGAUGGAAGAAUAGAAGAGUUUAUUAAGGCACGACCACUGCUUCCAGAAGACCUGCGUAAGCCAGAUAUUAUGAGACUAGUGGCAGAAAAAUUAGCCCAGUUUCAUGCACUUGACAUGCCACUUUGCAAAAAGCCUAGAUGGUUUAAAAGUCUCGUAAGGGGGUGGAUUAAAGAUAUUCAUACAAAUGUUGAAUCAAACAGCAGCAUAAUUGACAAACUACUAAAACUGGUCCCUUCAUUUGAUUUGGAGACUGAGUUUAAUGAACUACUGGGAUUUGAUCUUGGCAACCAUUUCAAUGAAUGGAUGUUUGACUACUCCAGCUCUGGUCGACCGGGAUUCACAUGUACACAUUCAAAUUACCCAACGCGUGAUGAACAGUACUGCUUUUUCCGCAUGUACCUCCAAGCAUCAGGAAAAGCCGAUGUGACACAAGAAGACCUAGCAUUGAUGUUCAGGGAGACAAACACAUUCACACUGCACUCACAUUUCCUUUGGGGUGUGUGGGCUAUGGUGCAGGCACAGACGUCAAGCAUAGAGUUUGAUUACACGGCCUAUGCUCUUGCCAGAUUUGAAGCCUAUUUCAGAGUUAAAAAAAGUUUACCUGAAAUGUUCACAACUGAGGGCAGUUAG